GGUUAUCCGUGUGUAAACCAGAACUGUAACGUGAAGAUAGAUAUUGUGGGCAAUAUUAUUCCAGUGUUUUCUAAAAUAUGAUGUGGUGGACAUGAUCCCGAAAAUAUUACUGUAAAAUAUCUAAAAUCGACAAAAAAUACUCUGAUUAAGAUAUUAUAAAUACAUAAGGAAAGUUAUUAAUAGAACAAAGCUUCAAACAGUACCGAAAUUGCUCCCUUCAACAGAAGAGUCCGCGAUUUUCUCGAUAUUGUAGAAGUAAGAACUCAAAAAAACGACGAAUACGGUAUAUUUCAAAUAAUAUUUUCUUAAUAAUCUUUUGAGACGAAUGUAACAAGUUUUUGAUAUCGCCGUGUUCAGAAUGCCCUAGUAUAGUACAAAAUUGUUUGUCAGAUACGGACAGAUGGAACUGUCUGAAGUAAAUCCAGAAAUAGUACUCCUAACACUCAAUUCCACAAAAAAAAAAUAACUAGUUUAUAAGAAAGAAAAAUUUUAAAAUUCGUUGAAACGCUAAACCAUUUAUUAUAUAAGUACUUAAUUAAAAGUAGUACUGGUUAAAAAACAAGGUCAAAGAGGGGGUCAUUAUUUACCAACUGCUUCACUUAACCAGACAUUAUUCUUUAUUACAGUCUCAACUCGCUAUUAGAUUUAGCAGUGAUUUUAAGCCGCGAAUACGAUACGUACUGAGAAGACAAAACCAACAAAGUUUGAGUUUCAAUUUGCAAAUGUAUUCAUACGUAAAUUUCGUCUUCUUUACUUCCCACGAAACAAUUAGCGAGUCAUAAUUACACAAGAGCAGUAGUGAGCCAGACUUCGAAAUGCUCUCAGACAAUGUAGUGCAAAACUUAGUCGGUGUAUUCGUCGCAUUAACCGUGAUCUUGAUCGGUUACUACAAAUGGUCGUACCAGUAUUGGAAACGAAGAAACUUGUCAUACUUGAAGCCAAGAAUUCCUUAUGGCAACUUAUCCAGCCCCGUUCGACGCAAAGAACACCUUGGAGUGACAAUUCAAAAAAUCUACAACGAAAUGAAGAAGAAAAGCUGGAAACACGGGGGAAUUUACUUUCUGGUGUCUCCGGCGUACUUCGUUGUUGAUUUAGACUACGUCAGAAACAUCAUGACUAAAGACUUUCACCAUUUUGUGGACCGUGGUAUGUACUACAAUGAGAAAGACGACCCUCUGAGUGCCCACCUAUUCGCUAUUGGAGGCCCAAAAUGGAAAAACCUGCGUACGAAACUAACUCCGACUUUCACGUCCGGAAAGAUGAAGAUGAUGUUCCAAACUCUUGUGGACUGUGAAGACAGACUGUUAAAUAAAAUUCAGUCAGACUGUGAGACGAAAAGUCCUAUUGACAUUAAAGAGGUACUGGGAUGUUUCACUACGGACAUUAUCGGUUCUUGUGCUUUUGGUCUCGAACUUAAGACGUUCGAGCAAGAGAAUUCACCGUUCCGUGAAUACGGCAAACGGAUUUUCAGUACCACCAAACUGAGAGCUUUGCGGCGAGCCAUAUCGACGAGUUUCCCCGAGUUUGCUCGAGCUAUUGGAGUAAAGACCGUCCCCAAGGACAUUGCGACUUUCUUUAUGAAGGUUGUGAAAGACACGGUUGAAUAUAGGGAGAAAAACAACUAUACCAGGAAAGAUUUUAUGCAGCUGUUGAUCGAUUUGAAAAAUAACAGAUUGGAAGACGACGGUUAUAAGCAUGAUGGCAAAACCCUGACGCUAGAGGAAGUUGCUGCACAGUGUUUCGUCUUCUUUUUAGCUGGGUUCGAAACCUCGUCUACCACAAUGACUUUCGUCCUAUAUGAGCUUUCCAAAAAUCAAGACUUGCAGCAGAAGCUCAGAGAUGAAAUUAAUAGCAUUUUGGCCAAACAUAACGGUAAAAUCACAUACGAAGCAAUUCAAGACAUGAAGUACAUGAAUCAAGUGACUGAAGAAACUUUGAGGAAGUACCCUCCAGUACCUUUCCUUACAAGAAAAUGCGUUAACGACUAUAAGAUACCGGAUCAAAAUAUUACCAUUGAAAAAGGGACGGCGGUUAUAAUUCCAGUUCUUGGUAUUCACCGCGACGAGCAGUACUACCCGGAUCCGGACAAGUUCGAUCCUGACAGAUUUACUGAAGAGAAUAAAAAAUUGAGGCAUCAUUAUGCUCACAUUCCGUUUGGGGAAGGGCCAAGGCUUUGUAUAGGUAUGCGCUUCGGUUUGAUGCAGACUAAAGUAGGUUUGACGGCUCUGUUGAAGAAUUACAAGUUUACUGUAAAUGAAAAAACGAAGGAGCCGCUGACCAUGCAAGUGCAUUCUUUUGUUUUGGCGGCAGAGGGUGAAGUUUGGUUAAAUGCUCACAAGUUAUAAAUGUUACUAAAUAAUCGUUUGUAAUGUCGUUAUGUUUAAGAUAAUCUUUACGUGCUAUGUUAAAAUAAUGUUAUAAUAUGGAUUAUACAUAGUGGCUGUUGUAGUAGGUAUAGGUACCAGAAAAUCAAAGUUCUUCUUUGUACCUUUUUAUAGAAAAUAAAAGAAGUUCAAUUAUUGUA